GCUCCUGCGCGGCUCCUCUUCCUGUUCCACUUCCCCAUCCCACCCCUCCCUCCCCUGCGCCGCGCUUUUGCCUGGGCGGCUUUGGAGCCCGCCGGGAGCUCGGACCGAGGCGCCUCGCUGGGGCGGGACCUUUCCUCGCCUAGGGCAACUUCAUACUUGUGAAUCAUGUCUGAUAACGGAGAACUGGAAGACAAGCCUCCAGCACCUCCUGUGCGGAUGAGCAGUACCAUUUUUAGCACUGGAGGCAAAGACCCUUUGUCAGCUAAUCACAGUUUGAAACCUUUGCCCUCCGUUCCAGAGGAAAAAAAGCCCAGGAAUAAAAUCAUCUCUAUAUUUUCAAGUACAGAGAAAGGAAGUAAGAAGAAAGAAAAGGAACGGCCAGAAAUUUCUCCUCCAUCUGAUUUUGAACACACCAUACAUGUUGGCUUUGAUGCUGUUACUGGAGAAUUCACUGGCAUGCCAGAACAGUGGGCUAGAUUAUUACAGACCUCCAAUAUCACCAAACUAGAGCAAAAGAAGAAUCCUCAGGCUGUGCUGGAUGUCUUAAAGUUCUAUGACUCCAACACAGUGAAGCAGAAAUACCUGAGCUGUACUCCUCCUGAGAAAGAUGGCUUCCCCUCUGGAACACCAGCACUGAAUACAAAGGGCUCAGAAACAUCAACAGUAGUAACAGAGGAAGAAGAUGAUGAUGAAGAGGCUCCUCCUCCUGUUAUUGCUCCAAGACCAGAUCAUACAAAAUCAAUUUACACAAGAUCUGUAAUUGACCCUAUUCCUGUGCCAGUUGGAGAUUCUAAUGUUGAUAGUGGUGCCAAGUCUUCAGACAAACAGAAGAAGAAGACCAAGAUGACAGAUGAAGAGAUUAUGGAGAAAUUAAGAACUAUUGUCAGCAUAGGUGACCCUAAGAAAAAAUAUACAAGAUAUGAAAAAAUUGGUCAAGGGGCUUCUGGUACGGUUUUUACUGCUACUGAUGUUGCAUUGGGACAGGAGGUUGCUAUCAAACAGAUAAAUUUGCAGAAACAGCCAAAGAAAGAAUUGAUCAUUAAUGAAAUUUUAGUGAUGAAAGAAUUAAAGAAUCCCAACAUAGUUAACUUCUUGGACAGUUACCUGAUGGGAGAUGAAUUGUUUGUGGUAAUGGAGUACCUUGCUGGUGGGUCACUUACUGAUGUUGUAACAGAAACCUGUAUGGAUGAAGCACAGAUUGCUGCUGUAUGCAGAGAGUGUUUACAGGCAUUGGAGUUUUUACAUGCUAAUCAAGUGAUCCACAGAGACAUCAAGAGUGACAAUGUGCUUUUGGGGAUGGAAGGAUCAGUUAAACUUACUGACUUUGGUUUCUGUGCCCAGAUCACCCCUGAACAGAGCAAGCGAAGUACCAUGGUUGGAACACCUUAUUGGAUGGCACCAGAGGUGGUUACCAGGAAAGCUUAUGGUCCUAAAGUGGACAUAUGGUCUUUGGGUAUCAUGGCAAUUGAGAUGGUAGAAGGAGAGCCUCCCUACCUCAAUGAAAAUCCCUUGAGGGCCUUGUACCUGAUAGCCACUAAUGGAACCCCAGAACUCCAGAAUCCAGAGAAACUAUCCCCAAUAUUUCGGGAUUUCUUAAAUCGCUGUUUGGAGAUGGAUGUGGAAAAAAGGGGUUCAGCCAAAGAAUUGUUACAGCAUCCUUUCUUGAAACUGGCCAAACCAUUAUCUAGCUUGACACCGCUGAUCAUGGCAGCUAAAGAAGCAAUGAAGAGUAACCGUUAACAUCAUUGUGAUGGCCUCAUAUUCUUUUUUCCAUUUUCUAAAAGAAGUCUUUUAAUAUAUGAAAAUUUUACUCUCUUCGAGGGUUUGAAAGAAGUGGUAUGCAUAACAUGGAGGAAAACCACAAACUACUCCUUGAAGAAAACAGAGAAAAUUGCAAAAAAGAAUUAUGACUUUCAAAUGAACCCCUUCUUUAGGGUCCAAAAGUAAUUGUGGACUGAAUCACUAGCCUUACUUAAGUCUUUGUCUUUCUGCAGACAGCCCAUCGGGGCCAUUUAUCAUGCUUGAGAUUUGCAUUUUGUUUUAUUUUGCUGACUUUGUUGUAAUAGAUCCCAUUCAUUAUCUCCUUUGGGGUAUUUUCAAUACUUGAAUGGCAGAUUUGAGUUUUUCAUAGUAUUUGUUUCAUCUGCUAGUUCUUUUCCUUCUUCUUCAUAGCUUUUUCCUUGACUUGUUCAUUUGGAGUUGCCUUGAGAAAAUUUUCUUAUGCCUAAAUUCAAGGCAAGUGUGAUAGAAAUUAUGUAGCCCCUUAUAUUGGCAAAGGGGCUCAAUGUGGUUAACUUUGUAUAGAAGUUAGGACCAGCUAUUGUUACAUGUAAUAUUUCAGUUCAGUAUUUGAACUGAAGGAAGGGGAGAAACGUAUAUGAUUUUUACCUUUUUUAACAAAUGUGAAAGAGUCAGUUUUAGAAAUUUCAUGGUAGUGAGUUGUUUGGCAUUUGUUACAUGUAUAGAGAGAAGACUAAUCUAUAUUUAUAACUAAAUCAUUGAAACAGAAAAAGAGUCCCAUUGACUAUUUGUCCUUAUGAUUUUUGUCUUCCUUUCUGCCUGCUCCCUCCUCAGAUUAGGUUUCAAGAACCAAAGUGAUUUGUUCUUGUUCCAACUUGGGCCUUAUGAGUUUGCUUGGUGCCGCUACUUUAGGUUACCCACCUGUUUUUCUUCAUUUUGCAAAUAAGUUUCUGUAUAUGUUGUAAAUUUAGGUCCAGGUUGGGUUUUUGUUUUAAUUAACCCUCUUCCUCACCCAGUGUCAAAUAAUACAAUAAUUAUUGAAGGUUUGGAAUUUAAAAGUUAACUUUUCUUUCCCCCUCUCACCCUCACCCUCCUUCACAUAUCCCUUCUCCCCGCCGACCCCCACCCCCCAUUUAUAGGAGAAAAAUAUUUGGGUGUAGCAGAGACAGAAAGAGAGGCUUGAAUUUUGGUGCACUCAAAAAUAAUUAGAUGAGAUUAUAUUUGUAAAAGGAGAGAAAUGUCAGUUACAUAGAGGAGUAGUUUGUGAUCAGUAAACCAUAGAGAUUUGCCAUAAAUUACAUUGUUCCCAACCCAUUACCAACAUCUUUCUGGCUACAAGAACAUAAGUGACAAAGUACUUAUCUUAAUGAAUUCAUGGAUCAUUUAGAUUUUUUUCAAAGGAAUAGAUUAUAUUCAUUUAAGAAACUGUAGAAAGGAAGAUACGAAAAGUGAAAUGUGCUUGAUAAUAGUAAUACUUCUUUUAUUUUAAAGGUUUUAAAAAAAAAAGGUCUGUGACCCUAUAGCAUUAAUUAUUAGAGUGCCCUCUCCUGUCCUUUCCUCUCUGCUCCACUCCUCUUGUUUGUUUGUUUGUUUGUUUUAUUUUGGGAGGAGAUGUUGUCCCUUCUGACAUGUCAGGAGCCAUAUAUAGAGAGAAAAAUCUGUGAUUUGGUCCUGGCAAUUUGCUCCCACUAUCCCCUCCCAAUUAACUUCACAUGUACCUGCCAUCCUGCAAUAGUACAUAUCCUGAAUAAAGAUAAUUUUGAUGUUUGGGAGUACAGUGGGGGAACUAGCAGGGCUUUUAUUUACUAUUUUUCCCAUAGUAUCUGUAUCAGAAUAUAGGUAAAGAUAGAAAUGGCUGUUUUUAUUGAUAAUGCAGGGAAGUUUUCAUAAAAAUGAGUAAAAUAAUUAAUGAAACUUGUAAUUAGAGCACUUAGUCUCUGUUUUCAGUUUGAUUCUUGAGUUCAUUGUUCUCUGGAUUAUAUUAGCCUUCUACAGCUAUUACUAAAUUACUUUGCAGAAGAAACAAGCUGUUUUAUUUCUGGUGGAAAGCUACAAUGCCUCUUGAGUUCCAGAUUUGAAUAUUCUUUUUAAACAGUUGUUUGGAUGGAUUAUAAUAAAGAAAAUACUACCAAUGAAGUAGAAAACCCACUAGAUGAUAAGACUGUGAACAUCAUGACCACUUGAGAAUGCACUUCCGUACAUAAAGACCAUAUUCGUUGAAUAAAGUGCCAAUGCCCCAUUUUUAUUCCUGUGACUCAACCAAGAGUGUUUCAGUUUGUAGAAGCAGUUUGGCUUUGUAUUUACAACUUUUUUGAUGGCUACCUGCACGUCCAUUGCUGGCAACGGACUUGGACUUUACAACCUGACUCCUAGGUUAAGGGAGGUACACUGUGGUUUCUUUUUUACCUACUUGGAUAUACUAACCCAUAGUAGAAAUAUCCUUUGGUUAAUUCUGAAAUGUGUCAUUUUUAAACAAAAUAAUCCUAAAACAAUACUGAAUUGUGAUUUAUUAGUUUUAAAUUAAAAUGUUCUGAUCUUGUUGAAAGAACAAUUA